UAUUUGUUUUCUGUCCAUGCAUGUAAUCUCUUGCCUAAAUUUAAUGUUAUGUAUGAAGUGCACAAUAUUUUUGUUGUCACAAAACGGCGUCAUGAACUACCCCCAGCGCCAGUGGGUUUGAGUUUGGUUUUGGUAUCCUUUUUUUUGUGUUGAUGACUAAGAUCAAUGCAACGUGAAUUAGACAGUAAUACUGUUUCAGCAAUUCUACUUUCAUUUUAUUAUAUUCAUUGUUUACAUAAUCUACAAGUUUGGUCUAGAUUCUAAAUCUAGUUUAUCUUACUAUCUGGGAGGAAUUCCGUCUAUCACUAUCAUGCCAAAAGUCAGGAUUUGAGACAUUUAAACAUAUUCUUGGUUCAGACUGACCUGAACUCUCCUAUGAUUCAUCAAAAAUCAAUUUUGUUGUAGGCCUAGAUCUACAAGUUGGUUCAGAUCAACGAAAAAUAAUAUUUUUAUUAGAUUUCUAAUUUUGUAAAACAAAGAUGAUGAAUUCAGUGUCGAGAAUUCAGCUGGCCUGUCUCACAUGUGGCUAAACGUAGAAUGACGCACCUGCCUGAUUGGCUGCUAAUUUUAGUAGCCCAAUGUGAUGUCUGUCAUCAUAUCCUGAGAUACCCACUAACUAUUUUUAGAAGGCUGUGGAGACAAAGAUAUCUUUGGUGGAGAUAGCCUACCUCGUGGAACGACAUGUUGGUUGCUUGGAUGGAUUAGAGACUCUUCCCAACCUCCACCAGUCCUGACCGAGUGUUUUGUCUUCGCGGCUGACAUUUUCCCUGCCUGAGAGAUGCUGAAGUUGUGAAAACUUUCAAAAAUGAAGCGAUCAAAGCCAGAGCAGGCGAACGAAGAGACAGUGCAGUUGAGGAGAGGGAGGAGACAAAGGUCGGUCACAAAGCCAGAGUCCACGACAAUGGAUGCUUCUACUGCUGCUGGUGGAGCCACGUCGGUGGUGGAUACUACACAGAUUGUGAUCGCUGUAGAUUUGCAGCCUGAGGCCGAAAAGCUUACUGUCGUCGGUGGUGAUGUCUCGGAAGAAGCUGUUAAGUCGACGUCUAUAGAAGGUCUGUCUCAUCUGGCAUCUGAAAAGGAUAAUUCUGUAGAUAAUAAUCAAUUGGAAAGUUUGAAAGGUUCAGUCUCAGACUUGGUGUUAAAUGUAGAGGAAGAGGAAAAAGUUGUGCCCGUUACUAGUGUGUCUGGUCAGAGUGAGCUCAGUCUGUCUGAGACGUUCAUCACAAUCGAAACCAAAGAUGGUUUAAGCACUGAGAAAAUACCGUUUUUGCAGUUUAUGAGCAACAUGGUCGUGGAUCCAAAUUCGGGCAAUCUUAAAGUUGAUCUCACACAGCUUUUGAGCAGCACUUCGGCCAGUGGCAGCAGCGCACCAGAAAGCAAGAACAGUGUACAAGUUGUUGAACGUUUGUCGUCAGGUUCAGCCGGAGCAGCGUCUGCAGAAGCUGCCCAGCCUCAGGUGGUUGUCAAAGUGCAAGAUUCUGCACCACCUCAAGUCAGUCUGGAAAGCGCUCAAGAAACUCCCGCUGAACCAGUUAAGGUGAAGAAAGUGGGGAGAGGGAGACCCCGUAAGUAUCCCUUAAAGCCAGGCGCACCAAGUCAGGCUAAAGCUCCUGUGGUUAAAACAGAUUUCAAGCAAAGUCCGAGGCGCUCUGGAAGGACCCCCGCAAAGAACACGAGGUUUGGUGAUGAUUUUGUGGACAGCACGACCUUGGGUAAAAUCACCACCACUCCGUGGAAUACGCAGCUCAUGACUCUGGCUCUAGCUGCGGAGCGGCACGAGAACAAACCAUUCAAGUCUGUUUCCCCAAGCCAGACGUCAAGCUCUGUAGAACUCGCCAAAAAUGGGAUAGUUGAGGUGGAUGCAGAAAGAGGGGUGGGUAGUGAAAAUAAGAAAUUAAAGAGUACAGACUUGACAGACGAGAGUACUGAAAAGAAUUCAGAUACGAAGAAAGACAGUCAGAAGAGAUACAUUUGUGCUGUGGAGGACGUUUCAAAGGAAACGAGUUUUACCGUGACAGCUGAGAAGAAAAAAGGUGGGGCCGCUUCCAUAAGGGGACCAAAAACUUUGAAAAAGUAUGCGGGGGUAAAUCCUGUGGUUCAUCGCACUCUGGAAGAUGCUUUGUCUUUCGCAGUUUCCUCCACUAAAUCAUGGUUGCAUGAAGACUGCAUACCAGCAGAGGAAAUUUCUGUAAAUUCCAGAAACCCCAUCUACUAUACGAUAAUGGAGCCCAAGUUGCCUCCUACUGGAGAUGGUCUCUUAGUCCACAAAUCAAAUGAUGGUCUAAGGUUUCAAAUUGCUAAAAUUCGAGGAAAGCCUCCUUCAAAAAGCCUGGUUCCCCUUAAUGCUUUAGAAGAUUCGUAUCCUCAAGACCGUUAUUUCAGCUGUGAUCUGUGUCCUGGGUUUUUCCCUUCUUCCAGCAGCUGGCUUCAGCACAACAACACCGUCCACCAGCGGAGCGUGGAAGCGUUCGAGAGCCUGCACAAAACCGAGAACAACAAGGAAGUCUAUCAGUGUACCUCCUGUGGGCAGAAGUUCCCCCACCAGUUCAUGUUAGCCAUACACACCAAACGUCGCAGGCACAACGACGGCAAGAGCUUCCGCUGUACCCUGUGCAAGCUCAACUUUGCCGGGCCGAAGGAGAGGGAGGAGCAUUGGAUGAUGGCGCACCCGGCUCGUAGCUGUGGCCUCUGUGGGAAGCAGUUCACCAAUAUUGUGAUGCUACGCAGGCACAUCAAUAACAGCUGCCACGGGGCUCGCUUCAGAAAGAGGUUGACCAUGGGUGAACCCACCGAUAAUGUAGAAGUGUCUGCCGGACAGGAGGGCACCGUAAUGGUUACCGCUACCUCGGAGGAUCUGCAGCAACAGGAGAAAUCAGCGGAUGUUGAGUACGAUGAAUACGAAGAGGAAAUGGAGGAGACGGAGGUAGAAGCGGAGGAAAAUGGUGGUGACGUUUACCUCGGGGAGAGUGUCAAGAGCAAGCUUGAGACUGUGAAAGUGUCGUGUGAGCUGUGUGGUGCUGAGUUCUCCACUCACUCUGGCCUGUGGCAUCAUAAGCUAGACGUCCACCGCCAGUAUUUCCCUGCGGGCUACGCUGAAAAGCUGCAGGAAAGGCUGCAAAAAAAUCGUAGCACAUUGCUCAACUCACAUGUCAUUGAUCCCAUGAAAGCGGAAAACAAGGGAAAUAAAUUCUUCGUUUUAAUGCAGCCGAAAUGGCCGACUUCGAAACCAAAAAUUGUUGUGAGUGUCGAUAACAAAGAGUUUUUGUUCAAGACAAAAGAUCAAGCAGCCUCUGAGGAGGAGAAUCUGGAGCCUGAGCCGUCCCCCAAGAAUCCUGAGAUCCCUUACAAAAAGAAGGAGACGACAUUUCAGUGUACUCAGUGUUCUGCUACUUUCAACUUUGCCUCGAACUACAGGGAGCAUCGCAGCCGGGUGCACGGCGAGUGUUUUGAAACGGUGCGUCUGCUGGGAGCCUUCCAGUGUACCCACUGCUCCGACACCUUCCCCUGUCAGUUCAUGCUGGAGGAACACCUGAAGAAGCACAAAGGCCGGAGGCUGCUUCCCUGCACUCUGUGUGGCUUGGACUUUCACAAAAUCCAAGAGAGACGCCAGCAUUGGAAGACGGUUCACCCCGGCAUUGGCUGCCCAAACUGUGGCAAAAUGUACGCCAGCAUCAAGUACCUGCAAAAGCACAUAGCCCUCAACUGCCAAGAUCAUUUCCCGGCCACUAAGAAAUUUUUAGAGUUCAGAAAAAGACAACACAAUGAUUUUGAAAUGGAGAAAAACGAAAAAAGAGUGGAGAAGAAGAUUAUCAGAUGUCACCUUUGUCCAAAACUGAGCUCUUCGGUUCACGGGUGGCGGAGGCACAUGAGCAAAUGUCACGAAGACGCCGGUUUCUCCAAGCUGUCCAACACCUGUAUCAUUUGCAAUGAGCUGGUGUAUGGCUACAAAGCCCUGGAGAAACAUCUGCUGCAGUGCCAUGCUGAGGACUCGGGCCUGCCUGUAGAGGAGGAAAACAACAUGGUGGAGGAGGCUCUGAAGAAAUGUAAGGUGGACAUCUCCACGUACCGCAAGGCGGGCGUGAACAGCAAAGACAUCGUGGUAGACCAGGAGGGCAACUACCGCUGUCCUAUGUGCCCGAAGACGCACACAGACAUCAAGGCCCUGCAGACGCACAUAAAGACGCACGUGAACAUGAAUCUGGAGUGCGGCGUGUGCCAGAAGACCUUCAAGAACCCCACGCUCCUCAAGCAGCACGUUCAGCGACAUCGGACGGACGCGGUGUACAGCUGUGAGACGUGCCUGAAAAAGUUCAUGACGCUUCAGAAACUGAACAAACAUCGCAAAGUUCAUCACCAAGGUCAGCAGUUUACCUGUGAGCUGUGUGGAAUGUCGUUUGCUCAGAACGACUACCUACAGAAGCACUUACGCUGCCACACGGACAAGCGGCCUCACGUGUGUUCGGUUUGUGGGAAAACAUUCAGAACAAAGCCGGAGCUUCGCGUUCACAUUCUCAUCCACACGAGAGAAACGCCUUUCAAGUGCCAGUACUGUGGUCGAGGUUUCUCUCAGAAGGGCAACUAUCGCAUCCAUCUAGCGCAGCAUACAGGGGAAAAACCCUAUCAGUGCGACCAGUGUGACAUAUCCUUUGCUUUGUACUGCCACCUCAAGCGGCACAAGAGCACUCACGACCAGAAAAUUAACUACCGCUGCAUCUGGUGUGGGAAGGAGUGCACGCAGAGGAAACACAUGCAGAUGCACGUGCAGCGGGUGCACAAGGAGGACUUUUUCCAGUACGAGGAACAGAUGAAACUGGAGACCCCCCUGCCCAUCGCCCCGUCGCAGAUCAAGCUCUACAACAGAAAACUGGGCAAAGCCGUAAAAUUCCGCAAGCCGUACAGAACCCGAGCCCAGAAGUGCGACUCGACCAUCCAGGAGCUGAUGAGUGUGAGUAAAACAGAGCCGGAGGACGUGGUGGAGACAGAGGUGCAGCAGGAUCAGAACGUUGUCAUCGAACCGUUGGUGGAGCCCAUGAUUGAAACGGUCACCGUCUCCUCCGCCCUGCCUGUCAUCUCGUCCCAAACGCUCCCCGGCCUGCCAGUGGUUGCCACCGACAACGGGAACUUUGAGAUUCUGGUCAGCGGGGAUCAUCAGAAUUACGUCAAGCACAACAUCGGGCCGGAACUCAUCGACCAAGACGGGACGUCCAACCUGGAGAUUGUGAUGGGGGAGAACAACGAGAUCAACAUCAUCAUCAAAGACCCGCGAGCGAUUCAAGACAUCGUCGGGGAUGACACAACUUUGGCCAGCCUCCAAGAGAGUGGCGUGUCGUUGCAGACCAUUGCCCAGCCAGUGGAGGUGCUAGUCAAUGCUAAAGUAGAUGAUUCUGAAGUUGUGUAACUUUUUCUUCUGGUCCGUGUAUUCUGACAGACUUUUCUCACUUUAGGUACCUUUCAAAGAGGCUAAAACAGCACCUGGACAUGGAUGGCCAGUGCCUCUAUAAAUAAGUUAUUGAUGGUCAAGGUUAGGUACCUUUCCAAAAUGGUCUAGGUUGGGGGAUAAAUGGUAGGUAAAAACAAAUUAAAAUAAAUCUAAUUGGUGGGAUAAAGUUGUAGUAGCUUCCCUUGAUUGUUUUUUAAAAUAGUUUUUUAGAAUUAAAAAAUGGUAUUGGUCUAUGUGGAAAACUGGAAUAAAAUCGACCGAUUGACACUUACUAAAUUUUCCAAGAUGGAAUGAGUUUAGUUUAUUGACAUCAUGUUGUGUGAAAACCUACUUUGAAACUUUCUUGAAGACUUUUCCAUAGAAUUUACCGGGAUUUCUUGCUUGUAGUAGUGCAUUUUGUUCAUCUUUUUAAUGUUAUUCUGCAUUUGUCGCAGUUAUCUAAGUCUAAGUGUUUUCUUAGAAGUGAAGGCCCCUUUGCAAAAGAUAUGAUAUGAUGUGCAGUGAUUUCUUUCUUUUUGAUGGGACUGUAGUUAAUACCUUUACCUCUAAAACUUAAAUCAACAUUGAAAUUGAAGGAAUUGUCACACGUUGUAAUACACUUCUUUUGUGUGUUGAAGUUGGAGCUUGAUCAUGUCCUUCUGACUGCAAAUGGCUUUUUCAGUUCAGGGAGUGAACCCAUUGUAAACUAUAAAAAUAUAUCAUGUCACAGUGAUUACCUAUAUUGCUAAUAUAGAUAUUGUCAUUUUUUUUACUGGCUCCUUGUUAUUGGUGUAAAAAUGCCCGUGACCGUGCUAUAUCCUCAACAGAACGGUCUGGGUGCACUAAAAGUUCAAAUAAUGAGUCUGAUGCACUUUUGCUCUAGUCAUUGGCGGGUUGAAUUGUUGGUAAGGGCUGUUAAUUUUUAAUUUUUUUUUAAAUAACGAAAAAGCGAGUUCAUCUUUUUAGCCAGUGGUGCAUGCGCUUCAGCAUCAAUAAUCCUUGGCACCAGUUUCAGGACAGAACACUAAAAUAUUGGGCAGAAAAAGGCUCUAAUUUCCGAUCUAUCAGUCAGAACGCUAGUUUCUGUCAACAUGCUAUUAUGGGAUACCAACAUGUCUGCACCCUGUCACAUGUCUUGAUCACAUUUUGUGCUGGUUUACUGAGGUUUUUUUCCGCGAUUAAGUGCUCACUCCCUGAACCUGAACUCAAAAUUCCAAAGCUCUGGAGGCCAGGGUUUGGGAAAAUUAGGAUCAGGAGCCCACAGCUUACUUAAGUUUGUUUAGCAGUUGCGUUAUGACAGUGACAGUGUUAACCCUAUCCGUACGUUGUGUUUUACUAUCGUAUCCAUACGACGUGGGGAA